AAGGCGUAGCUUGGUGUCAAAGUCAAAUAUUUUAUUGUUGUUUCAAGCACCUCAACACGUGCGUGUAAAUUAUAUUAUUUAGUCUAUUUAUUCUAAGCAGUAGAGAACAAAUUAUCAUGGACGUUGAUGCAACGGAGGCCCAGUUGCAAGUCCGAUUCGUUACUAAACAAGAACAAUAUGCAGUUCCCGACAGUCCCUACGCCAUACAAAGCAACGUGCAAACUGCAGACCUCAACACAUUGGUUAAUGCCCUGCUCAAAGAAGCUGACGGCUCAGUAAAGACAGUUGAAUUCGAUUUCUUAGUGUGCGGGGAACUCUUGUGCUCGCCUCUUGGUGACCAUCUUCAAGAGAAGGGUGUAUCUACAGAACAGACUUUAGAAGUUGAGUAUCUGGAGAGAUUCCCAGCACCAAGCCCACAGGACUGUUUGAUGCAUGAUGAUUGGGUUUCUGCAGUGCAGGCCCAUGGAAAUUGGAUCCUAUCAGGCAGCUAUGACAACAGUCUGCACAUUUGGACCACCAAAGGGCAGCACAAGCUAGCUAUACCAGGUCACACAUCUCCAAUCAAAGCGGUCUCUUGGGUAUCUGUUAAUGGUGAUCAGGCAGUUUUUGCUAGCGGUUCCCAUGACCAAUCAGCCAUGCUGUGGGUGUGGAAUGUGUCCAACAACUCCGUGGACUGUGUGGUGACGUGCCGGGGACACGAGAAGGGAGUGGAGAGCUUGUCUGUGUCCGCAGAUGCCUCCAGACUGGCGACUGGCAGCUGGGACACUAAUAUAUGCUUAUGGAGCGCUAGUCUUUCUGAUGAAGACAAUGUACCAGCCAAGAAGAGGAGCAAAUCCGACCGUGGACAAGAUCAUGGAAAUACACGGGAGCCACUGACAACGUUAAAAGGGCACCGCGAGGCGGUGUCCGGCGUGCAGUGGAUGGACUACAACACGGUCCUGUCCAGCGGCUGGGACCACCUGCUCAAGAUAUGGGACUGCGAGCUGAAUGGCAUCAAACAGGAAAUCGCUGGCAACAAAGCAUUUUUCGACGUAGACUGGUCUCCGCUCAGCAACGCCAUGAUAACCGCCUCCGCAGACAGACACGUCCGUCUUUAUGAUCCAAGAUCUCAAGAAAGCAUAGUAAAGACGACGUUCACGUCACACACGGGAUGGGUGCAGUCAGUGCGCUGGUCGAAGACACGGGACACGCUGUUCCUUAGCGCCGGCUGCGACGGACAAGUCAAGCUGUGGGAGACUAGAAGCCCCCGCACCCCGCUAUACGAGCUGAGCGGUCACGAAGACAAAGUCCUCUGCUGCGACUGGUCCGUGCCGUCCCUGCUCGUCAGUGGCUCCUGCGACAACACGCUCAGGAUAUUCAAGGCCAAGACCGCUCUGAACGCGUAAACUAUACCCAAUGUUACAAGAGUACACUGAAAAAGGUAUGAUUUAACCCUUCUAACGCCAAGGCCAUCACGUGCUGCUAGCACCGAAUCGUAAGCGACGACAAUAACGUCAGUUUCUGCUGUAAUUUUAAUCAGGCCGUCAAUUGUGGUUCGUACAGUCGGCCCUAUGAAGUGCCCCGGCUUAUGAAAUGUGACGCGAGGGAAUUAAAAUUAAACUCAACUUAUAGACCGCGGACUAGGCGCAAAUUUCGUCAGCCAUCGCCUCCCAAUUGAUAUUUUGUCUAGAUCAGGGGUGGCCAACUUGAUUAGACCCAAGAUCUCCUGUUUACUAACGAAACCCUGUGCGAUCUACCAAUUACAUACUUCUUGAAACCUUAAAUGAAACUGGUCUACGUAUUUAUAUUUUUUGCCUUGCCACGAUCGACUGGACUAAUCGAUCGCGAUCGACCUGUUGGUCACCCCUGGUCUAGAUGUUAUCAUGAAUUAAGAAAAUAACCAGCCGGUUGUAUCGCGGUGGAAGUGGCAAGUCAGUCGGUCAGCUGAUCACGUAAACAUGUAAAAAAACAAAUGUUUUUCAGUCAUCGCCUGCCGAUUGAUACUUUGAUAGUUUAGAUACUAUUAUGAAUUAAGAAAAAAACAGCAUCUUAACAAUCUUCUGACAACGUUACAGUCGGGACGCGAUGACUAAAUUUAUGCAUUUUUUUAUGUGUUUCGAUGGCUGCCAUUCGUCAACCCACCAACGUAGCGGCAGCUGACAUCCACGAGAAUUCACCCUUAACCAAUUUACUAGUUUUCGUCCUCGCGGUCUAAAAUGUGUUUCGUGUGCCUACAUUUUCAUACAAUUCGACACCUGUUAACUGCCAAUGUAGCACAUGCUGUCGUGAGGCCUGAGUGUACAUAGGAUUAAUUAACCUUUUGAACGCCAGACGGCGAAGGAAUAUGCCCCGGAUGCCAGGCGAUCGCGAUUAUUUAAGCCAAAUUGAGCUUUACGGAGUCCCGCGUAAGUUUGCAUUGGCGAAGAUGUGGGCUGUUGCCGUCAUGGCGACUCCGGGAAGACUCCGACGUCUGUGGCUGUCAAAAGGUUAAUGAUGUUUUUGACCAAGUUGUAGGCGUAACAUACGGCGUUGAAAGGGUUAACAUUCUCCACAAUAUAAUUAUUAUUUCCAAUUGAAUGUUAAAGUUUUUUGUGUACUCUUAAAUUAGCAAUGGCGAAAUAUUCAUUCAAUUGCGGUGUCGGUUUAAAACGGGACUGCUAUAAUUCCACAUAAAUUUAUUCAUAAAAUGCGUUUGUCAAAAUUAGUAACUUUCCGAUUUUCUUUAGGAUAUUUCCAUGUAUGUAUUUUACAGCUUCAUGCUGACGGUGUUCAUAAGCUAGGUUAGGAUAAUGAUUCUGACUAAACAAUAUUGUCCACUAAAUAAAUAGUAUAAAUGUAAGUCCGGAUCCUUGACUGUUAGUAGGGUGGGCGUGUCAGAGCGUCACGAAAUAAAAUGAUUAACUAAAUUUGGUUUCGCUUGUUUUAUUCAAUCACUUGCUCUUACAAAAUAUGUUCAAUGCAAAGGAACAUGACUCGUCACAAUAAAACAUGCUUCUUAGUA